CCGGGGAUGCCGCCUGCCACUGGUCCUGCAGGAGGUGGUGCACCGGGGCGCCCUGAGGCCAGGUGCAUGAACAAUCACAUCCUUGGAAUUGGCAGUGGCUCUACAAUAGUUCAUGCUGUAAAUCGUCUGGCAGCAAGAGUGAAGCAAGAGAAUCUCAACAUUACUUGUAUACCUACCUCUUUUCAGGCACGUCAAUUGAUUCUGCAGAAUGACUUAAUCUUGAGUGACCUGGAUCGACACCCUGAGCUGGAUGUUGCCAUUGAUGGGGCGGAUGAAGUUGACUGGGACCUCAAUCUUAUCAAAGGAGGAGGGGGCUGCCUGACUCAGGAGAAGAUUGUUGCUGGCUAUGCAAAAUGCUUAGUUAUUAUUGCUGAUUACAGAAAGAAGUCAAAAAGCCUUGGAGAGCAGUGGAAGAAAGGGAUCCCUAUUGAGGUCAUCCCUAUGGCCUACAAACCCGUGACCAGGGCCCUGACCAAGAGGUUUGGGGGUGUGGCAGAACUGAGGAUGGCCGUCAGUAAAGCUGGUCCAGUGGUGACAGACAAUGGGAAUUUCCUGUUGGAUUGGAAAUUUGAUAAAGUUCAUAAAUGGGACGAUGUGAACAUGGCAAUCAAGAUGAUACCAGGUUGUUCUGUUCUGGGUCUCUGAACUCCCUUCUUGGCAUGCUUCACUGAGAUGCCAGGCGGCCAGCUCUGUUUCUGUUCACAGUGACAUUUUCUGUGAUUUUUUUUUUUUUUUGGGGG